AUGCCCACCAUUUUUGGCACAGUCGGCCGCUCUUCAUCGCGCUCGCGCGCAUCGCGAUCGGCCGCCUGCCCCUUCCCUCCCACCACCACCUUGCCAUGCUCGCCCACCGCCGCGCCCUCCCCUCUCAUUUCCGUCACCUCAGCAACACUAAACAACCUCUCACACAUGCUCUCCCCACCCCGAGGCGGCGGCAUAUGUCCGACUCGCGACCUCCAAUCCCGCGCGCGCUUCCGCGCGCGAUAUCAAUCCCUGCACCCCUCCCAGGCGUCGUCGCCUCUAACCCCCCCCCCUCACCCGUCUCAUGACAACAUCAGCAACGCCCGCUUGCGUGCCAUGCACAGGGAUCGUGCGGAAUGUGCUCAACCUCCCCCUUCCCCAUCCCCAUCCCCACCCUCACCCCCUCCCCCCGCCUCGGCUAGCGGCCAGAGCCGUGAUUGGCUGCGCUUAUGUGGCUCGCCCACACCCUCCCCCUACCCUACUCGACGCGCACUUGCUCAUGCCCUCUAA